AGGAAAGGCCGGCCGGCCAGUCGUGCUGUGGCGGCAACUUGGAGAUCGUCGUUGACUUGUCCGCAGAUUUUUCCCCGAACGGCGAUGUUUCCAAACAAGGAGAAGGAGGAUCCUUUGGUUCGUCCUGUCGACAAUUUUCGAGGACGACGGCUCGUCGAAAUAACGGGGGAUGAAACUUCACGAUGGACGCACCUCGAUGAGCCUCACCGAACUACCACCCUGUUCUCUACUGUCGCCGUUUAGGAGGAGACCAGGACUGAUAAACUCAACGAAAUUUAAGGAAGAGAGAAAAACAGAGAGAGAGAGAGAAAGAGAGAGAGAGAGAGUGGAAGAGGGAGGGAGGAUAUUAAUAAUAAUAUUAAUAAUAAUAAUAAUAAUUAACGCGACACCCUAUCGGGAGAAGAUAUUAACGUUUGUUUAAUUUUUUAAUUGUUUGUUUGUCUCUCACUCUGACUGUCGUCAUUUGAAAAGUCGAUUUUUAUUUAAUUCGCGAUUUACGAUUACAUCUCUCGACGAUUAUCAUUCGCGAGUCCACAACGCCUACGAGAAAGGGAUGAGAAGAAAAGAGGGAUGAUGAUGAUCUUCUUCGCUGAGGCAGCAGCUGCAGUUGCACGGCAAUCGCGCAAUUUUCUUUCGCGACGGUUUGCUUGAAAGAGUAGGAAGAAGAAGAUAGAAGUACAAGAAGAAGAAGAAGGGAAAAAGAGAAAGAGAGAGAGAGAGGGAGAAGAUUUGAAAGAAUUUUUUUCACCUUGCGUGAGAAAAUAACAAGUUGCUAGUGGACCACCACCACGAACAGUAGGAGGAGGAGGAGGGGGAGGAGGAGGAGGAGGUCAAGAAGCAUCGUGAAGAGAUAUUGAUUGAUUUGUUUUUGUUGAAACACAGAUCCUUCUUCACAGAUAACACACACAGAGAAAAACAGAGAGAGAGAGAGAGAAAAGAAUAGAAAAAAAAAACACCCAAAAAAGAAAAAUAGAGCAAGAUAGAAAAAAAAGAAAAACGAAAAUAAAGAGAAAGAAGAAAUAUCAUCAACGUUUAAGAAGAAUGUGUGUCAGGACACUUGAUACUCGACAUUUAUCUCUCGUGAUUGGACCAAGGAUACGUUAGAAGUGUGUUGUGUGUGUAUGUGUGUGUAAAAGAGAGAGAGAGAAGAGGAGAGAGAAAAAAUAGACAGAAAUAAAUAGAAAAAAACACAGAAAAAAGGGUAGAGACGAAAAUAUGUAGACGCGACACGGAUCAUUUAUUAUUAUACACGCAUACGUUAUUCGAUAUAUAUAUAUUUAAUUGACGACAUUUUUCUGUCUCAACCAGAAAAGAAAACAACACGAUAAGAAUAAAAAUAAGUUAAAAUAAAAUAAUAAAAAGAGAAAAAUUUGUGUUACACUUGUGGGAGGGGGGAGGGUGGACGUACUUCUAUUGGUUUUAAGGACUAACCGGAAAUACGAAGGAUGAGAACGAGACCAAGGAAGAAAUAUCUCGACAGGAUAACAUCGAUUUGCGAGCAUCGUAGAGGAAACGGAUCAACGGUUAUCGAUCCUAGUUGUCUUGUCUCGUUCUCGCAUCACCGAACCCAUUCUGGGACACUUCUCUUUAUUCUCCUACGAGUUUACCUUCGAUCAAGGAUACGAGGAUCGAUUUGUUCGAAAUUUAUUCGAAAACAUUUAAUAACUUAUUUCAAUAGCAACAAAUUAUUAUUAUUAUUAUUAUUAUUAUUAUUUAAUAUUAUAUCGUCGUAGAGAAAUCGUUGCUGCAAUUAGAAAAAACUUUCUUCCUAGUCGAAUAAUAAUCGUUGGAGCGAAUAUUAAUUCUUUCAUCAACCAUAGAAGAAAAAGAAGAAGAAGAAAAAAGAAAAAGAGAGAGAGAACAAAAAAAAAAUGGUAGAAAGGGGAACAUUUUCGUAGAACAGAAGCACAACCAGUACUACUUACUCUGAGAAAAAAUGUCAACUAUAUAACCUGGUACUAAAUCGCGUAGCUUGUAUUUCGUUUUGAAGAUUUACGAGCUGAGCAGUACGAAGAGUAGUGGGCUCGAGUAGUAUGUUAAACGAGUCAAAUCCAAGUUUUGAAGGAUCCCAGCUAGCGUGACACGAAUUAGAACUCAUUUAGUAAAGUGUCGCCCGUUUUCAAGGGGUCGUGUGAUAACUAGAAAAAUAGAAAUAGGAAAAGGGAAGAAAGAAAACGAAUAAAGCAAAGAGAGAAAAAAGAAAAAUAAAAAGAUCAAAAUAGAAAAAGAGUGAAAGACGAAGUUGAAAAAGAAUUUUGCAGUGACCGAGGAUUACAUUAAGGAGGUGGGAGUGGGUACUAGGAGAAGGGGGAGGAGGAAAGGGGUAAGGGGUAGAAAGAGGCUUUUUCGAUGUUGGUAUUUCCUCGUUGAAACGAGAAUAGAUUAGGGUUCGGAGUUAAAAGUGAAAUUUGUGCGAUGAGGGGGUACGCGAGGGGGGGAGGACGAGGUGGAAUCCGUGGGGGCAGGAGGAUUCGAAGGUGGAGGAAAGUACGCUAAAAUAGGAAGUGCUGAAAGCGUAUCGUGGAAAUCCGAAUCCAUUGCAGCGUGGUGGAGGAGAGAGAGAGAGAGGUGUGGAAGAUAAAAAAGUUGGGGGUAAAAAGGGGGGAAAAAAGGGGGGCAAAAGAAAGGGAUAGAUAGGAGAUAGUGAAAGAGUAAUAGAGGAAGUGAAGCAAAGAAGAGAACGCCACUUCGCUGUUACGAGUUUUGCGUCAAAGAAAACGGGUCGGUGUUACCCGAGAAAGCAACACUUUUUCAUCGAUAUAUAUAUAUAUAUAUACACGUAUACACACACGUACGUAGACGUAUAUAUAUUUAGGUACUAUUUAUGUAUGUUGUAUAUAAAGAGGUAGAAAAAAGGAAAGAAAAAAAAGAAAAAGAGAAAAAGGAAAAGAAAAGUUUGAAAGGAAACUAAACUCAAGAGAAACACAUUUUCUUGAAGAAUCGUAAAGGAACCGUACGAUAUAGACGAGGUGGGGUGGGAUGGGGUGGGGCGGGGAGCUGAGACCUGACUUUGGAUAAAAAGUUCGACGCUCUUCUCCGAAAAAAAAAGAUUUGAUUCCGUUGAAAACUACUAGGAGGGUUUCGCGAAGUAAAGGAAAGAAAGAGACAGAGGGUUCUUUUCUUUCGAUUCUUCCUUAAGAAAGAAGAAAGAAGAAGAAAAAGACAAAGUUCCGGUGACGACGGAAAUGCCGAGGUUGCUUGCAAAUUAGACGUCCGGUUUCGUACGAAGUAUACGAGGAUCCUAAAGGAAAGAUCUCAAAUGCAUUAUUAAGUCGACAUUUUCUUCAAUGAAAUAGAAGAAAUGACAACAAAUUAUACUUAUAUCGUAUUGUUCAUUUUUGUAUCAUUAAAAAAACGGAAAAGUAAAUUGUACAGAAAAUUUAUUCGGUUAGUUUUAAACGGGGGGGUUAAAUAGUUUGCAUAAGAAUCAAGAUUAUUCUUCGGGAUUUCAAAUCGAAGAAAUUUGGUAAAUAGAUUUUAUCAAUUAAACAUGAAUAUUAUAUGAUGAGAUUGGGGGGGGGGUACAUAAACCAAUUCUGUUUCGCGAAAUUGAUGCUUCGAAGAGAAAUGUUCGGCAAGGUAAUAACGUUUUCUCUCUUCUCCGUUCUUCGUUCUACUCGUUGAACGUAUCGGCACCGCAUAUCCGGCUUUUGGAUGAAUAAUUUUGCAGACAACUUCCGGGCUUUGAUUGGAAACUUGGAAAUAGCUAAUGCAUCCACGACCUAAAUAGGCCUCACAGGAUAGAUCGUAUUCGAAGCUUCCGAAAUAACCUGUUUACCGAUCUCGAUCUCGAUCUAUCAUCAUCAUCAUCAUCAUCAUCAUCAUCGAUAUUUAAUAUAACACAAUUUGUAUUCAUUUAUUUAUAUUAUGAAAAAGAAGUGGAAGGUUCGUCAUUAAAUUGUAAUCUUUUUCUGUAAAAAAAAAAGGAUACAAAAAAACGUUUGAAGGUUUGCAAACGAAUAAGAAAAUAUUUAUGGAAUAAUACGCGAAUAUAAACUUCGUUUCAAAACGAAAAGAAUAUAUACAUAUAUAUAUAUUUGUAAACGUCAAGUGUCUUUGAAGUCACGAAAACCUUAGUUGAUUAUUUUAUUCGAUCAGAAAGGAAGAAGAAAAAAAAAGAAAAAAAGAGUAUGUAAAACAUACGAAAAGCCUAAAAAAGUUGAAAGCAACGAUAAAGAACCCCGUUUAACGAGAAAGAUAAGAAAAUUAAAUUAUUAAAAGAAAAUCAAGGAAUAUAGAAAAAAAAAAAGAAUCGAUUCGAAAGAAAGGACUAAUUGAUGCACACACAUACACGUAUACGCACGCGCACACGCAAAAGAAAAAAAAGCACAGAGAGAAAGAGAGAAUAAAAAAGAUGCGAUCUGUAUGGGAGUAGGAAGAGAGAGAAAAAAAAAAAAAAGAAAUUAAAGCUUAACGUUAGCUUUGAUUUUCCUGAUCAAAAUGAGACGUUCCUUGUUAAGCACUGUGAUCCUGCUGAUGACGCUUCAACAGUUAACAUCCAUCAGUGAUUCUCGACUACACAGCGAAAGGGAAUCCGUUUUGAUACCGGGCGAUAUCGUCCUAGGUGGAUUAUUUCCCGUUCACGAGAAAGGUAGUUCCGCGUGCGGACCUAACGUCUACAAUCGCGGGGUCCAAAGGCUCGAGGCAAUGCUUUUUGCGGUCGAUCAAAUCAACAGGGAGAGCAGGAUAUUGCCGGACAUCAUGUUGGGUGUACACAUCCUGGACACUUGUGGAAGGGACACCUAUGCUCUCAAUCAGAGUCUACACUUCGUUCGCGCAUCACUUUCAAAUUUGGAUAUAAGCGUGUUAGAGUGUGCUGACAAAUCAACACCGAGAGUUAAGAAAACUGCAAGUGCUGGUCCGAUCUUUGGUGUCAUCGGUGGAUCGUACAGUUCCGUGUCACUUCAGGUAGCCAAUCUGUUGCGCCUAUUUCACAUACCGCAAAUAUCACCGGCAUCCACGGCCAAAGCUCUUAGCGACAAAACAAGGUUUGAUUACUUUGCAAGGACAGUACCACCGGAUACAUUCCAAUCGAUCGCAUUGGUCGAUGUCGUGAAAAGCGCUAACUGGUCUUACGUGUCGACCGUUUAUUCUGAGGGUAGUUAUGGGGAACAUGGGAUCGAAGUGUUCACUCGCGAAGCGAUUGAAAGAAACGUUUGCAUAGCGGCUGCAGUUAAAGUACCAAGCGCAGCUAACGAUCAAAUAUUCGACGAUAUUAUUCAAAGAUUAAUCAAAAAAUCUAACGCGAGAGCUGUCGUACUUUUCACCCGUGCCGAAGACGCCCGAGGAAUUCUCGAAGCAACGAGAAGAUCGAAUUUAAGUCAACCGUUUCAAUGGUUGGCCAGCGAUGGUUGGGGCAGACAAUUGAAAUUGGUCGAAGGAUUGGAAGACGAGGCGGAAGGUGCUAUUACGGUCGAACUCCAAUCGAAAAAUAUUCCAGAAUUCGACGAGUACAUGGCGUCCUUGACGCCGGAAAACAAUUACAGGAAUCCAUGGUUCAACGAGUAUUGGGAAGAAGUUUUCGGUUGCGUUUUAAAUGAAAACACCAAAACGCAAAAUCCAAUUGUCCAUACUACGAUACCACCGACCAAUGGUUUUAGAAAAAUUUGCAAUCCCGAACUUAGAUUGACAACUAGCAGGGGAUACGAACAAGAAUCUAAAGUGCAAUUCGUCGUUGAUGCCGUUUACGCGUUUGGAAUUGCCCUUCACAAUCUUCAACGUGAUCUUUGCGGUGAGAAUCAAGGAUUAUGUCCAGCGAUGACCAAUUACGAUCGCGGUGCAUUCUACAGGGAUUACCUUUUGAACGUUUCCUUCGUAGAUUCAGCUGGCAGCGAGGUGAAAUUCGACGAACACGGUGACGGCUUGGCAAGAUACGAGAUCCUGAAUUUUCGAAAAUCGAAUCUCAGCGGUAACGACGGCUAUCACUAUCGGGUGGUUGGAAAAUGGUACAACUCGUUGGACAUACAGACGGACGAAUUGGUUUGGGCACGAGGAACGAAAGAUAUACCAAUUUCAGCAUGUUCUUUACCCUGCGAGCCAGGUAUGAUAAAGAAGCAACAGGGUGACACUUGUUGCUGGGUGUGCGAUCAGUGUGAAGAGUACGAGUUUGUAUACAACGAGUACACCUGCAUGGAUUGCGGGCCAGGGUCGUGGCCUCACGCGGAUAAAAGGGGUUGCUAUAAUUUACCGGUGAAGCAUAUCAAGUGGAGUAGCGCUUUCGCGAUAGCACCGGCAGUGAUCUCGUGUCUGGGUAUAGCAGCGACCUUAGCAGUGGCUUGUCUUCUGUUUCAACACAGGGACACUCCAGUGGUUCGAGCAUCGGGACGAGAAUUGACCGUGGUACUUUUGGCCGGUGUUUUGGUCUGUUAUUUGAAUACGUUUUUAUUGUUGGUAAGGCCGACCACGGUUACCUGUGUAUUACAAAGGUUCGGUGUCGGGGUGAGUUUUAGCGCGGUUUACGGUGCACUUUUAACAAAGACCAAUCGAAUAGCCAGGAUAUUCGAUGCAGCAUCGAGAUCGGCCGUAAGACCACGUUACAUCAGCCCAACCUCGCAAGUUUGCAUAGCGGCAGCCUUGAUAGCCUUUCAGAUCGUCCUUACUCUUAUCUGGAUGGUCGUCGAACCACCGGGUACUCGAUAUUAUUAUCCCGAUCGCAAACAAGUCAUAUUGAAGUGCAACAUACAAGACAUGAGCUUUCUAUUCUCUCAACUUUACAAUGCAAUAUUGAUUCUCGUUUCUACCGUCUAUGCCGUUAAAACCCGCAAAAUACCGGAAAACUUUAACGAAAGUAAAUUCAUCGGUUUCACGAUGUACACCACCUGCAUUAUCUGGCUCGGUUUUGUACCGAUUUAUUUUGGAACUGGAAACGCACACGAAACACAAAUCACAACUCUAUGCGUUGCGAUAAGUUUAAGCGCGUCUGUUACUCUCGUAUGUCUUUACGCUCCGAAAGUUUAUAUAAUUGUCUUCCAACCGGAUAAAAAUAUACGUGGAAAGAUUUGCAUCAAGAGCAACACUUUGAAGAAACAAGGUAGCAGUGCCGGUACCUCGUCGGUUACGAAAUAUACUGCCUGCGAAUUAGUAAGCGAAAGUAUGCCAUUGCAAAGUGCACUAACAGCAGCUGUACAAACUUCAGUUGGUGUAACGGAAAUUUCGCUAGCACCGAACUCGUCUAAUCUGCCGACUAAUAACGAACAGGUGGCACAAUUAUAAAUAAAUCGACUAGCCAAUUCCUUCUACGUACGAAAAUAAUCUAUAAUACGUGUGUGUGUGUGUGUGUGUGUGUGUAUGUAUAUGCGUGCGUAGGCAUAUGUCGAUAUAUGUCAUCUUCGAUAUAUUCGAUCAAUUUUGAAGGCACGUUUCCCGACCAAGUGAUCGAUGUGUUUAUAAAAAAAAA